AUGCGCCACUCUUCACUCCUGCCCUACUGGCUGGCCGUCCUGGCCCAGCUCACGCCGGGCCUGGCGUCCCCCGUGGACCAACAACACGUUGACCAUAAGAAACACCACCCCAUCCCCAAAGGCGGCCACGGCGCCGUCGCCAGCGAGAGCUCGAUAUGCUCCAAGAUUGGUAUUGACCUUAUCGCCAAGGGUGGCUCCGCGGCGGAUGCCAUGGUCGGCACGACGCUCUGCGUGGGCGUCAUCGGCAUGUACCACUCCGGCAUCGGUGGCGGUGGCUUCAUGCUAGUGCGCGACCGCCGUGGCCACUAUGAGACUAUCAACUACCGUGAGACGGCGCCCGCUGCCGCGUUCCAGGAUAUGUACGCCGGCAAUGAGAACGGGAGCGUCUUUGGCGGUCUGGCGGUUGGUGUGCCGGGCGAGCUGAAGGGGUUGGAUCAUUUGCAUAGGAAAUAUGGGCGGUUGCCGUGGAAGGACGUUGUCCUACCCGCUGUGCAUGUUGCCAGGGACGGUUUUAAUGUGACGGAGGACCUGGUCCGCUACAUGGCCAGCGCCACGGCCAACGGCAACACGUUCCUGACUGAUGACCCGCUUUGGGCUCAGGACUUUGCUCCCAAUGGCAAGCUUUUGGAACUCGGAGAGAUCAUCACCAGGAAGCGCUAUGCCAACACUCUUGAGAAGAUCGCUCACCAGGGUAUUGAUGUCUUUUACAAGGGAGAGCUGGCCAAAUCCAUGAUCGACCUCAUCCAAUCAACCAACGGCACGAUGACCCUGGAGGACCUCGCGGGCUACAACGUCGACGUCCAACGCGCCCUGAACGUCACGUACGACAAGUUCCGGCUCUUCUCGACAGAUGCGCCCAGCAGCGGUGCCAUCACGACCAGCAUCCUCAAGACUCUCUGGCAGUACGGCCGCAAGGACCUCCCCGAUGUCAACCUGACCACCCAACGCUUCGUCGAAGCUACCAAGUUUGCCUAUGGAGCACGCCUGCAGUUCGGCGAUCCGGUGUACACGACUAACACCACGGACCUAGAGACCUACCUGCUGCAGGAUUCGACAGCGCGCGACAUCCGCUCGCGCAUCUUGGACGACCGGACCCAGGAGGUUGAGGCGUACAACCCGCUGUCGCUAUACAUGCCCGAGAGCCACGGCACCUCGCACAUUGUCACGUCUGAUGCGUCGGGCCUGACCGUGUCCUCGACCACGACCAUUAACCUGCUCUUUGGCGCGCAAAUCAUCACCCCGGAGACGGGCAUUAUCCUAAACAACGAAAUGGACGACUUCUCCCAGCCCGGGAAAAACAACUCCUUCGGCUACGCCCCUUCCCCAGCCAACUUCAUCGCCGCCGGCAAACGCCCGCUCUCCUCCAUCUCCCCGCUCAUCGUCGAGCACGCCUGCAACGGUACCCUCUACUUUGCUACUGGCGCCGCCGGUGGCUCCCGCAUCAUCACGGCCACAACCCAAGUCGCCUGGAACAUCCUGGCCUACGGUACCUCGCUGCACGACGCCAUCGCCCACCCCCGCCUGCACCACCAGCUCCUGCCCGAUACGCUGUCCGUGGAGAACGGGUAUGACGCCGGUGUCGUGGCGAGUUUGCAGGCGAAGGGCCAUGAGGUCGCGUGGAUUGCGCCGGGGCAGAGUUCGGCGCAGGGCUUGAUGCGGCAUUGGGAUGGCCGGUUUGAGGCUGUUGGUGAAACUAGGCAGGUGAACAGCGCGGGGUAUACCGUCUAA